AUGCAAUCCUCACCUCAGAAAACGAAAUUUCCUUACGGCGAGUCGGAUCAGCGAACUUCUCCCCGGCUCUCGGUGUCUGGUAGUACCGACACAUCCAUGGCCUCCCAGCAGUCUGGUCGCAGUUCAUCUGCCUCCUCCCGGUCUCAGUCAAGCAAAAAUCCGCCUGAUAAGCAGAUCUCUCAAAUCGAAAAGAGUGUGACACAUCUCUUGGUCGCAACCAAACAGCUUUUAGAGACUCUCACCCAAUGGUCACGCAAAUUGGCAACGGAAAACGACGUGUCGGAUGUAUAUGUACGCCUGGGAUAUGAAUUCAACCUCGCCUGCCGCGCCUUCAGUGCCAUCGGAGUCGAUACCUCAGACCUGGGCCCAGUCCCAGACCUGCUUCGCACUAUCCUUGAAGACACCCUCAGCCAAGAUGCGUCGGCCGCAAGCCUCGAUCGAUACCUCCCGCGAAUUCGCGACAUAAUCAUAAAUCUGCUCCAUGGGUUAAAGAAGAAGCAGGCCCGGUUACGCUCACGACACCAACGUGAGGAUGGUCGCCCCGCGCCAGGACGGAACGCCAGUGCUGGAAGUAUCGCCAGUGGACAGGCAAUCGGUCAGCUAUACGAUGAGGCUGCGGCCUCUACUAUGCCAUCAACCGCGCAAUCCCCUCGGAGAUCCAGCAACCGAAGAUUUGGCAGUAAUGGAUCCCUCGAGGAUCAACCGACCGCGGCUCGAACCUCCUCGGCACCUUCAUCCAGCGACCCUCGAUCCUCGAGUCACAGUGAAAAAGAAUCUUCUCGCCGGGAGGCACAGCAAUUAUUGUCUCAACCCCCCUCGGAUAAUGAUCCAACCCCCCGAGCCAACCCAUCCAAUAAUACUGCGCCUUCUACAUAUACUACACCUGCUGGAUUUCCAGCACCCCCGCCGCCACCACCGCCUAAAGAGGAUGAUGCGCUGGGGGCUUUGCAGAGAAGCGGAGAGCUCGAGCGACGUGCCUCCCGUCGGUUCUCUGCCUAUCAAAUUCAAAAACACCUGGGAACCUCCACUAAUGGUGUUCCCGUCCUACCCACCCAAAACUCUCCCAUCCCCAAUCGUGGUCGUGAUGUUCGCGAGUCCUUAAAUGCGGUCCGCCUGCGGGGAUCCUACACUCACUCUAGACAAAAGUCCUCUAAUCGCAUACAAGAAGCUGCCAAGACUGCACAAUCUCAACCACCCGCAAAUAUCCCGAACAUUGUGGAGGAGGAGCGUACCCCCCAACCCGCCAAACCCGCUUCAAAACCCGAAGUCACACGUGAAGCAGAGCCCGUGACCGACAAAGCAGACUCCGAGGAGGCUGCAAUUGUCCCUGCGCCCAUAAUUGCCGAACCCGAACAAAAGCCGGCAUUGGACGACGCCUUCGAUCCCACGAAGGGUGCACCCCGUACCCCGAAAACAAGUUCCUUUGGUCCAGCUACUCAGAUCGCAACGCCUCCUUCAGCUUCCCAGUUUACUGCCGAGCAGCCCUCCCCAGGGAAGGAGCUCACGCUGUUCCUUCAAUAUAAAAGCAAAAUCAAGAAAUAUGUGCUGCCGGAUGGUAUCGCAGACCUUACCAUUGGACGUCUCCAGUUGGCCUUCAUCGAGAAGUUCGCCUGGAACACUCACGACAAUGGUGUUGAUUUGCCCGAAAUAUACAUACAAGACCCAAUCUCAGGCAUUCGACACGAACUGGAGGAUCUUGCCGAUGUCAAAGAUCGAUCCGUUUUGGUGCUGAAUGUUGACAACCUCGAUGAGGUCAAGAAACAUUUCGACGAUGGUCUUGGAAGCGUGCGUCUACUCGUCGAAGGCGUCAAAGAAGUGCUUUCUGGUCAAGGAAGUGCCAUCCAGCGAGUAUCCGAUCGUCAGCUUGAAGCUGCCAAGGAGAUUGCUCGCUUGGCGGCUGCUCCCCCUGUCACCAGUGCAGCCCCCGGAUCUGGCGCCAAGACCUUGGUUUCCGGCGAUGGGGCCCAGCUUGCAGAGAUUCAGAGCCUACGCCGAGACCUGGCGGUUCUGCGACAGACCUAUUCCAACUUUACUGCCGAUAUCACCGGCUCGAUGAGCGCAGUUCGCACCAAGGCAAGCAAGGUCAAGACCGCCGCCGAUGAUGUCGCCACACCAUCUUAUGAAGGUGAUGCCGGCCGAGCUCGCGUCAACACCGGAAAGAAAGAGCUUGGAGCCGAGUCUGAGCGGUUGGUUGCUCGGGUCGAUGAUCUCCAAGAUUUGGUUGAAGAUCUCCGAAAGGAUGUUGUCACCCGCGGUGUCCGUCCACUACCCAGACAACUUGAGGGCGUCAGCCGUGAUAUAAGCACUGUGAUGAAAGAAAUCAAGAAAAUGCAGGACUUCUUGGGCCGCGAAAAGCCCAUCUGGACCAAGAUCUGGGAGAAGGAGCUGCAGCUCGUUUGCGAAGAACGAGACCAGCUUACCAUGCAAGAAGACCUUGCUGCUGAUUUGCAAGACGAUCUCGAGAAGGCAACACAGACCUUCGCUCUGGUAGAGCAAGCUACCAAGGAGCAGGUCAUGACCAACACAACCGGAGGCCCUACUGCAGUUCGCACCGCAUCUCGCAGUCUUGGUAUUGAUCCUACUGUUGACAUUUCGAAGGCAAAGGAUGGCGUUCUUGGCGAAGUUCGCGCACUGCAGCCUAACCACGAAAGCCGCGUUGAGGCUAUUGAGCGAGCCGAAAAGGCACGCAAGAAGGAGCUUGAAACUCGACGAAACAACUUGUUCCAAAAGGAGCUCGGCGCAUUUGUUGAAGAGGGCAAGCUGAAGAAGAGCGGAGGCUUCGAGGAGACUGAGCGCCUCCGCACUGCCAAGGAUGAUCGCAUCCGCAAGGAAGUUUGGGAUAGACAGCAGGCCCGAAAUGCUGAGAUGGAAAAGGCCGAAGCCGAAGCUGCUGCUGAAGCUGCUGCCGCCGCUGCAACAGCUGAAGAAGGGGAGAAUAAUGCCGAUGGCGAAGAUGACGGCAGCCAGAAAGAAGCCGAUGAGACAGAGCCAGCACCCAAGACACCCGAGGGGGCUGAAGAAACAGAAGAGACCGAAGGUCAAGCAGAAGAGCCCAAAUCGCCGGUCAGCACCGAGAAACCUCUCCCCAAAGCGCCCGAAGACACCGAAGAUCCUACCGAGAAGGCCUUGAUCUAA